AUGACACCAGACCCCCACAACAGUCAACCUACAGGAAUCAAGCAAACCAAAGGUAGAAGGAAGGGAGGAACAGUGAAUCUGUCCACCAAAAGAGAUGAGCACACCAACAUGGAGCAGACCCCCAACAGCAAACCACCAUUAGAAGCUCCCCAAGCUGCAAUUUUUGGAUCCAAUGAGCAAGGCCAAACAGAUCUACGAACCAGAAAAACACUGUGGAUAAAACCACUUGGAGAAAGACAACAAGGAUCUGGAAAAAGCCAACAAGGGCAAGAGAAAGGCAGCAGGACAAACAAGAAAGAAAAAAAACAGGAAAGAAAACAGGUUGGGCCACCGCCGGACACCCAGGGGAACCGGCGGCAGCCCUGA